AUGUCUUCAGAAACCAUUCAAGAAGAUUCGGCGAAGAAGAGAAAGCUGUCCGAGGUAGAAGCCGAAGCUGCAAUAUUCGAUAAGCCUCGAAAGAAGCCUAUCGCUUGUGGGCCAUGCCAUUCUCGGAAGAUCAAAUGUUCUUUUGGUCAUCCAUGUACUCAUUGUGCGCAAACCAGGAAUCCUGAAGCUUGCAUUUAUCCUACACGGGACUCCAAGAUCACUGUAAGCUCAAACUACGUCGAGAGAAUAGUAGCAGAAAAUCGGCGCCUUCGAGAACGAAGCCAGGCGAACGAGGUCCAGAAUAGCUCAGGCCAUGUCGCAGAUGGCGCAUCGAAGGUACCGGAGUUGGCUAUUGAAGCCAGUGAAGCUCGAAAUCCGUUACAUGAUGAGAGAUCUUGGUUCUUCCCUCUAGCCAAUUCUGGACCCAUUCAUAUCAGUGAGGCUGCUGACGCUGCUUUCGCAACGCGUCUUCGACAGACCUUGCAACCAAAUGGCGUUGCGGAACACAUACCUAGGAUGGACUAUGUGACAGAUGCAAAACUCAUCACUCUGGCCGAGACUGAUGUCCCAUGGCCUUCGCUAGCACGAGCGAAGUUGUUGAUCAAGACAGCCUUUGACACUGUUGGAUCCUGUUACUAUUGUGUUAGAAAGACUGAUAUUUAUAAUGGUCUGAAACGCCACUACCGAAACCCCCUCGCACCGAGAACUAUCUUCACAUGCAAGCUAGAAGCCUUGUUCGCGCUUGGAGAGGCAUACUCGUGCAGGACGCAAUCAACAUCUGAGGACACUUUUCCUGGUCUUGCCUACUUUGCCCGUGCAUGUCGAACAAUACGAGGAGUACGUGAACGGCCCCAGAUGGACUGGAUUGAAGUCUUGCUGUUGUUGUCCAUGUAUUCGCUCUUGCUCAAUAGACGGCAUAGUGCUUACUAUCUAGCAAGUGCUGCUGUUCGCACAAGUAUAAUCAUGGGGUUGCAUCAGAAGAUCCCCGAAUUUCAAUUAACCGAUCGAGCGGCACGAGAACAUCGUGUGCGAGUAUGGUGGACUUGUUACACAUUGGAACGGCUAUGGGCCGGUAAGAUUGGACACCCUGUCUCAAUUCAGGACGAUGAGAUCGGAGCUGACCUUCCCUCAAACGCUGGACUUUCUGAGGACGAUCUAAGCGACUUCCCCGACGAAGAGUACGCUAAUGCCAGUAUACGCUUGGCUCGGCUCUCUCGCAAUAUCAUACACUCUAUCUACAACCGCAGGCCAACGCAAGUUGCGUUCUCUCAGCGAGUCCAGGCGGCCCUGAAAGAGUUGAGAGCCUGGGUAGAAGGACUUCCAAAGCAUCUUCAGCUGCCAGCCUCAUUGGGAUUGCAACCUCUACAAAGACCACAAAAAUGGCUACAUCUUACUUUCAAUCAGUACGUCAUACAAACGACACGACCGAUCCUGCUGCAUGUCAUUCGAGCCCACAGAGAGCUGUGGCUUAGUCCUGGUAGAGGAACGGAUUUCAAACAGGUCAUUGGAGAACCUGCGCUUGCACUUUCUGAAGCAUGUAUUCGUUGCGCAAGACAUUCUCAUCGUCUGUUGACAGAUACUUGGAUCGAUGGGUCGUUCGCAAUAUUCGAUUACACCUACACACAAUAUCUGUUUGCUUCAGCCACCAUCCUUGCCAUCUCCAGCCUCUCCAUUGGUCAGAAUGACGAAUCUGACAAGGACGGCUUCGAGUCCGCAUGUCAGUUCAUCGAACAACUACACCAGAAUGGUAACUACGGAGCCAAGGAAAUGGUCCGCCAUCUUGAAGGCAUUAAGCUUAGCAUGGCUGCGUUCAAAGGAGACUCAAGCCUAGAGGCACUCAAUGCGCUGUCAAACGCAGCUACAAUGCUCCAAGGACAUGGUGGAUCAAUUCCUACUCCUUCAAGUACAACUCCCGGCAGCGCUUUCCAGCCGACGAUGACUGCGGAAAUGGCGCUUGCAGAGCCUUCGCUUCAAGACUUUCUCUCGCAAGCUGAGUUUGACCCGACCUUUCUUGAUGCGCAGAUACAGGGAGAUCAAGUCAACGGCAUGUAUUAUUCCAUGCUGCAAGAUGAAUCUUGGUUGGCUUUCUAA